CAGAUCCUCGUGCCAUUCUACAGUCUAGAUUCGAACAACCAGCCUUUGGUAUUAUUACUGAUGCGCGUACGUUGACUUGCAACUUUGGCGAUUCAACAAAGAGGGAAAACGACGAUACUACGACCACUACAGAUAUCACUGGAAUAACAACUACUGUUGUCACUGAUAUGGAAUAUGAAGACGAGGACGCAAUAGAAUUACUAGACGGUGACGAUGAUGAUUGUGUUGAAAUCCCUUUCAUGUUCAAAAUACGGCAAGGACACGCAAGGAUCCCAGGAAACGAAGUUAUAGUUGCUAUCUCAGAGUAUGGAAAGUUGAUGUUUUGGAGUGUUACUACUGGUGCUGAUACUGCUGCGUCGGCGCUGAACAGUAACUAUGAUGAUCUGGAACGCACGGGUCGCUUUGAGCCCUUAGCUGAGGUGUGUAUGGAUGAACCGGGAUUGGAGUACGACAAAGUGAGCAAAAAGUUGGCAAUCGAUCCGCACUCUCGGGCUAUUGCAGUGGCAUCCCUUCAAGAUCGUUUUGAUAUUAUGAUUUUGCGAGAUAUAAUGUCGCGAACUAAUUUCAGUCCAAUUAUUGGAAUGGGAAAAGUGAUGGAAGAAGGAAUUAUUUGGCAUAUGGAGUUCUUACACACGGAAACAACUUCCAGGGAUCGAAUUCUGCUGGCAUUGAUAGUUUACAGUGAUGUUGAUCAUCAAUGUCGAAUCAUUGUAUAUUCUAUCGAUGCCUCAAAUGCGAAUGAUAUCGAGAUCGAACGAAUAGGAAGAUUACCUCUAGAUACAAGUACUCCGGUACCCAUUUUGUUGGUUCCACUUAGGCACUAUCCAGAAGCACUUGUAUUGCUGACGGAAUAUGAGGCCGGAAUUGUUACUACGGAUGACAUUGCAUGUGGCAAUUUGUUAUAUCCAACAUGUCCUAUUGAACGACCUUUCGGUGAAGUCAAAUGUCCCCUAUUCACCGCAUAUGCCCAUUGUCUUGGAAACAUCGAACCAUCAACGUCAACAGCUUUUACAAAGUAUUACAUCUAUCUUGGUGCAGAUGACGGUUCGCUCUUCAGAAUGUUAUUUCCAUCACGUCACGAAAUCAGGUGGGAGAUCCUGGAUCCUGUGAAUGCUGUCGCGCCUGCUAUGUCUUUAUUAGGAACACUACUGGUGGAGGAUGAAACGGUCAAUGACAAACCCCAAGCUUAUUUGGCAGACGUAUUAUUUUAUGCGGGUGAAGGCGCGGAUAGCCAAAUUCUUGCGAUUGAUCAGUCAACCCAUUCUACACGUGCUCAUGUUGUGCUACAAACAUUGACCAAUCGAGCACCCAUUGUUGAUUCACAAUUGGCUACCGUCAUGGCAGAUGAGCAAAAUGCGAUUAUAAGCUGUUCAGGGCAAGCAAACCAUGGAGCUUUGACAGUCGUUUCACGUGGCGUACAGACAUCACUACUUCAAAAGUUGAAAAUUAGAUGGGAGGGAUUUACGCGAUUAUGGAAUACCCAAGCACGCAUUUCCGAAUCCACUAUAGCACCCGUCUUGGUUGCGUCUUCAGUAUUGGAAACUAAGCUUAUGCUGAUCCAAGAUGAUGAAUUGAGUGAUGUGACGGAUUCAGCUGGUAUUGAUGCUCGACAAGGAACAGUUGCAGCAGGCUUCGUCAAUGUCGUCAAGCAAUCAAAAACCAACGUUACCAGAGUCCCAAUUUUUGUGCAAAUAUGCAAGGAUGGUAUUCUUCUAAUCGAUAAUGUGAAGAACGGCCACGUAGUAGGGCAUUGGUCACCAAAAGCACAUAAUGCCGAGAGAAUUCAUGUAAUUACGCUGGCAACAAUUAUCCAAUCAGACGCAUAUCCAAGUCAAAUCAUAAUAUGUUUGUCAGAUGGAUGUAAACAUACACUCUUGCCUCUGGAUCUUGUUUAUGAAGAUCAAAGCAUUACACUUUCACCACUUCUUGGUGCAAUUUCCAUUUCAGAACCAAGCUUUAUUCAUCAUUUUACUUCGUCGUAAGGACCAAAGCGUAUCUCACUAUUACUUUUUACAGCACUUUGAAAGGUUACUUACUAUAGCUAUUUUUGACCCUCGUUUUACCAGAUCUAGAAGUUUCAUGUGGCGACAUCCGAUCGUGAUUGUGGGUACUUACGAACCAUCAUUGCUUAUCUACAGUCUACAAGAGACUGAAGGAGUGCAGCUGUUAUGUGAAAAGGAGCUGGCUUGCUUGGCGGGUCAAGAGGCAUGCGUUGUUCCACAGUCCGCGACUUUACU